AUGAACGAACACACUUCCCCCAAUUAUUCGCCAUCGAAAGAAGAAAAGAUGGGCUUGCUGGAUGAGAGACGGGGCUCAGAUGCUGCAACUGAUACUAGUGACAGCAGCUCGGGCACCCUGACUGGCGCCGGUAUCGCCACGACUCCAUCCCUUGCCGACAGUCGCUUUCAACUUGGUAUUCUUAGUCCUUCUGCCGAUACCCUCAAGGCACCGUUUGGUUUCAUUCGAUCGACUCCGUGGCGGAUCCUCAUCGUUCGCUUUCUUACUUUCCUGAUACCCAGUUUCUUGCAAGGUCGCCAUGCUCGAGAGCAGAUCUGCCCAGCCAAGCUGGCUCCAACGGCGUAUCUCGAUGGCAUGCGUGGUCUGGCAGCGUUAGUCGUGUACUUUUGUCAUUACUUUUACCAAGCAUUCACUAUUGCCGAGGGAUGGGGCUGCGGAGAGACAAACUACCACAUCCUCAAGCUGCCAUUCCUGCGUCUCUGGUACCAGGGGCCUCCCGCCGUCUGUGUCUUCUUUGUCAUUUCUGGAUAUGCGCUCUCAUACCGACCUAUGAAAUUGAUUCGAAAUGGAGCCUGGCCCGACUUUUCCACCACCAUGAGCUCUCUAAUCUUUCGACGCGGCCUCCGUUUGUAUAUACCCACGGCCAUCUCGACCUUUAUGAUCAUCUGCCUCUUGCGAAUCGGCGCCUACGAGUGGACUCGUGACUUUGCCAACGAUAAGAAAUAUAUGAAGAAUAUUGUAGAGCCCCAUCCGGCUCGCAUGGAGCACGCCUUGGCUCAGUACAAGGACUGGCUCUUGCACAUGUUUAGGUUUAUUCAGGUGUUUAGCUGGGAUAAAUUUGGUGGAAGUACUUCCUACGAUGUUCAUUUGUGGACGAUUCCUGUCGAGUUUCGAUGCUCGCUCUACCUCUUUCUCACCAUCAUCGGCACGGCCCGCCUACGCACGUCUGUCCGCUGGCUCACGGUCGCUUUGGUCAUGUGGAUCUCAUACCGCAAUAGCCGGUGGGAGCUGGUGCUGUUCUUUGUGGGAAUGCUGAUUGCCGAGAACGAUCACAUUCGUGGUGCGCAUGUUCCAACGCCCAAUCCGGCUCUGCCAGUAGACGAAAAGUCACGGACAACCAAAGCUAAGCUUUGGCCAAUCUUUUGGGCUCUCUUUAGCAUCCUUGGCUUGUACUUGAUGUGCCAGCCGGACGGCCGAGGUGAAAUUACCCCUGGUUGGAUAUGGCUCUCAUCUCUCAUUCCCAAGUGGUGGAAGGAGGAAAGAUACCGCUACUGGCAAUCGACGGGCGCUGUCAUUUUCAUCAUUGCGGCGAAUCACUCGCCUCGAUGGCAGCGCUUUUUCAACUUGCCAGUGGUCCAAUACUUUGGCAAGAUCUCAUAUGCCCUUUACCUCAUGCACGGACCUGCCAUGCACGUUGUUGGCUACCACUUCGAGAAGUGGGCAUACGGCGUGACUGGAGUGGAAGGAUAUUGGUUUAAUGCUGGAUUCAUCCUAGGGGCGUGCUUCUGCAUUCCCACCGUGGUGUGGUGGGCAGAUGUGUUUUGGAGGGCAGUUGACAUUCCCACUGUCAAGUUUGCCAAAUGGUUUGAGAGCAAGGUGAUUGUCAAAGCAUAA